AUGUCUUCAUGGGGAAAAGCCGCUGGGCAACCUCCUUGUCGUACGACCAGGUCAGUGGCUGACCGCGCCCUGAAAGGUCACGUGUUUUUAUCAUCGGAAGGAAAGUGGCUCGAGAGCUGUGUAGCUGCUUGUGACAGCACUUACAAUUGUUUCAGUAUUAACUAUUACAUCUCAUUGAAGAAAUGCGAGUUAAACAAUAAAACGGCGAAGUGGUACGCGAAUGAUCUGAGAGUGACACCUGGAGCUGUCUACCUUGAUAGCUUGUCACGUGACUAUACUCCGUGUGUCGAUCGAGAUCCGCCAUGUUCUGUCGGAAAAUGUGUUCCAAUCCCUGGAUCCUUAGCGACACGGUGUGUAUGUGACGGAAAUGUUGCCGCUUGUCAUAGUCAAUCCUGUAUAUCUAAGCCAUUGGGGAUGGAAGACGGUUCGAUUUCAGACAACCAACUCACAGCAUCGUCAACACACCCCACAGUUAAGUUGGGCUGGGGCCGACUGCACGACACGCGAGGAAGCUGGGCUGCAAACACAGAUAUUGGUAACCAGUGGUUCCAAGUGAGCUUUGUACCAAACGUGAAACGCAUAACACAUAUCGUCACUCAAGGGAAUGGAAAGAGCUGGUGGUGGGUUACGACAUAUCACGUCAUGUACAGAAAGGGAGAAGAACCCAUUGUAGAUUAUGAGGAAAAUAACCAACGCAUGGUUUUCCAAGGAAACACCAACAAGGAUGAUGUGGUGAAGAAAAAGAUAAACAAUCCUUUUGAGGCGGAUACUAUCCGGGUAGUGCCUCUGAGCCAUUAUGGAAGGAUUGCUCUGCGAAUUGAACUGUUUGGUUGUGAUGUCAUUUAGAAAUGCGUUUUACUUGUACACUGUAUCAUUGUCACGGUGAUAGAAUGUAUAUUGCUGUGUUAUCUGUAUGUGAGGCUGACGAUUUCUUUCAAAAGAUUCCUUUUAUAUCCAGACAGAUUCCAUGUGGUUGACGAUCACGAUCCCACAAUUCCAAAUGUCUUGCCAGCUUUUUUUCUCUCGUUAGGAGACAAAGGUUGCUUCGAUCAAGAUUCAAACGACUGAGCAAGCACAUUGAAGAAAAAAGUCUAAUUAUUGCAGACUCCAGCCGAGAGAUGAUUUUAAAAGAGAAAAUUUAUUCCUCGUUCACAGUCAAACGAGAAAAUUGAACGCAUCGAUCUGAUUAUGUAGAAGGUGAUGAUGAAAAUGAUGGCUCCGACUAAAAGGAAAAAUUAC